AUGGAGCGCAAAUAUCGAAGAUGCGGUGGGCAACAAAUGGAGACACGAUCUGGUACAGCUCUGUCCAUAUGUGAAGACUUCCCGAUAACGUUACCAACACCGGAUUAUCACACCGAUUGUUCAGAUCGUCUUAAUUACGGAACUGUUAAAAAAGUACUCACGAAUGCGCAAAUCGGCAUCCGGAAAAUCAUCAAAAUUAGAAGUAUCAUCAAUGCUCUUCACUUGAACACGAAUCGGUGCCGGACAUCUCCUGUAAUGCAACAUUUUGAUGUGUCUCUCUCUCCCUCAGAGUCUCCAAAACAGCCAACUUAUACCGAAAUAUAA